CGGACCCGAAAGCACGGCUGUCUCCCACCACCGGCACAGUACCGCUACUAGACCGACGCUACCGGAGAUAACGCCGUCAGCCCACCACCGACUGCCGUCUCCGCACUCAGACCAGAAACACUUAGGCUCCGACUUUGCAGAACCGCGCAACCCACCGUGACAACAAGCGCAAACGCCAACGCUCAACCCAGCUUUCGCACAACUUCUGCGCAGAAUUAUUUUUUGGGGACGUUUGAUUUGGACGGGAGGUAUUUGACAUAUUGAUAUUUUAGAAAAUAGAAUGGUGUAUUUGUUUUUGUCGGAGCCCAAAUGGGAUGAGAAUGGAGAUGGUGGCUCUGCCAGUACUAGAAUAUCUCUUUUGAAUAAGCUGGAAUCAGUUAUUUGGUCACUGAUGACGUCUGGAGGUCGGUCAGAGGCUCGACUAUGGCUUUGUAACACUAUAGCAGGCAUAAGGUCUAUCACUUCCCACCAUCAGCGUGAGUUAUUUGUGAGCUUAUUGAGAUCUAAACCACUAAAGCGGGCUUUAUACUGUCAACUCCUGCGAAUGAUAUUUGAGAAAAGACCACAGAAAGUGGGGUCCGUCAUAGCCAAGAAAAGCUGCAUACUUGAGAAAUUCUUUGAAGGAAAUCCGAGACGUAUAUUGCAAUGGUUUUCUAAUUUUGCCACUGGUGGUGGAGUGGAGCACGGAAAAGGUGCUAAGGCAUUAUCCCAAUUUGCUUUUGUAAAUCGGGAUAUCUGUUGGGAGGAGCUUGAAUGGAAGGGAAAACAUGGUCAGUCACCUGCAGUGGUUGCUACCAAGCCCCAUUACUUUCUAGAUUUGGAUGUCCAACAAACUGUCGAGAAUUUCCUUGACAAUGUGCCUGAAUUCUGGUCAUCAAAUGAGUUUGCUGAGUCGUUAAAAGAUGGUGAGAUUUUGUUCAUUGAUAGAGAAUUCUUUGUAGAAUAUUUUAUUGAUUUGAUGUAUAAAGAGGAUUCAAGAGAUGUAUGGGGAGUCAUAAACGAUUUCCUAAUUGAGGAAUCUUUCUCUUCUUUGUGUCACCACCUUCUUAUUACUCUGGAGGAGAAGGACUUGCAUAAUUUUCUGGAAUUGCUUUGCAAACUUCUCAACCCAAGAAUGGAACCUAGGGAUUUUAGUAAUUCAUCUUACUUGUUUGAGGUUAUACUUUCUAAGUGCAGUGACUGUGGAUCUAUUGAUCAGAUGCUACUGUUAAAUGCGGUUAUUAAUCAGGGACGCAAACUUCUACGGGUUCUACGUGAUGAAGAGGGCCAGGAGGAACAUGCAAAAAUCAAAGACAUUAUGUCACAGAUUUGUGCAAUAUCAAGCAAUGCUAAUAGCUUGGUGCCCAUCUUUACAAAAUGCUUCAAAACAAAGACCAUUAAAGCAAUAACAUGGCUGGGGCUUCAGUCUUGGGUUCUUUAUUAUAGAUUGUCAGAGGAGUGCCAGACUCCUGAUUCCUGGGAAUCAUUAUUCAUGGAUAAUGGUAUAGGUUUUCGGACAUCGAAUAAGUAUAAAUUGCUACAUCAUGAUGGAUUGUCAGAAGAAAGUGGUUCUGAUUCUGACUGUAAAGCAUCAAAAAGAGUUAAGCCCAAGAAGAAAGAAAAAAGAAGAAAGAGAAGAAGGAAAAACAUCGAUCAUGAUGGCAGCGAUGACAAUGAGCUGCCAUAUUUUGAUACUACAAGUAUGACAGUGGGUUUGCAAGCUAAUGCCGGAAGUUGGUUGCUCUCUACUGAUGGAUACUCUAUAUCAUGGAGCUGUGCGGACUUACCAGAACAUCUUUCUAAGCAUUGCUUCUCCAGAUGGAUGAAAUGGGUAUUUGCAGAGUGGGGAAUGAAGCCUGCUUGAUUGGGUCGACACCGAAUUAUUUGCCACAUUCUGCAUCGGCCCGAAAGCAAACAUCUAUAAAGAGUUAGAAGUUUGUUUUCCAAUUGUUGUAACAUAUUAUUUUGUUUUGUUCCUCCAGCUCAUAGAUAUAUAUGUACGAGAGGUGGUGUGAACUGUGAAGAAGUGGUGGUUUGCUCAAUUAUAAACUUUUGAUAGGUUAAUCGC